AUGUCUCCCAACGUUCUCGCCGACAAGGACGUCAACGCCGCCGUCGUGGCCAACGACCCGCAGGCCGCCAAGGACCUCAAGAGCAUGGAGUACCACCGCCAGGUCCUGCAGAACAAGAUGGCCCAAGAGAAGUACGACUGGCUGCAAACUCGUAACUGCAGCAAGAACAAAGCCCUAAACUCCACUGUCCUCGAUAGGUCCAAGACGUACAUCUCGCCAUCUGACGACAUUAUGAGCCCUUGCACUGCCAAGCUCAGCGCCCUCCGCAACAAGCAGGUUGGCAAGGUCAAGCCCAAGUCCCUCUUCGCUCAGACUUCCGCCAAGAAGCUCAGAGGUGAUGCCGCUCUCUUCGGCGACCAAGCAGGCACGCCCACCAAGGACAAUGCCUUCUAG